AUGUCGGAACAUAGACCUGCCGAACGACUUUCACAAGAUAGUUCUCAAAUUCAAAGUGACAUAAGUAAUCAUACGAGUAAUCAAAGUUUCCUUUUAGAUGAAAGGCAAAAAAAGGUUCUCUUAGCAUUUUGUAAUACCAUCAUCGGAGAACUUGAUAAAGAAGAACUUCAAAUUUUACUCAACACGAAUUCAUCAGUUAUGCAAAAGAAUCCAAAGGUGGUUGAAGCAUUUGGUAAAUUUGAUUUAUCAAAGCAAAACGAUAUCAUUGAUAGGUUAAAUGAUCGUUUAUUGAAAUCCGCUCCCCCUCAUAAAUUUCGACAAAUUGCCUCGAUCCUUAAACGUUUGAGUUCCAAAAGUAUAAUAAAUAGUCAAAUAAUAGGCAUCAAUAAACCUUUUCAUGAAUUAACUCAAAAGCAAAGGGAAGCCGCUUUCAUAAAAUGGAGUACGAGUCAGACCGCUUCAGUUCGAAAGAUUUAUAAAAGUUUUUCAAUGUUAAUCUGCGCUACCUUUUGGUUAAAUCCUUAUGGGUUUAACUCCGCGAUUGGGUACCCUGGAACUGAUCCCGCGGCGAAAGGUUCAAGGUUCACCUCUCGCAAAUUUCCUGAUUACGAUUUCCUUGAAGUGUCCGAGGAGAUCUCGGAAAUUAAAGAAUUUGACACCGUCAUAAUCGGGUCAGGAGCUGGUGGAAGUGUCGCCGCCGCCAGGUUGUCCAGAUUGGGGUAUAAAGUUUUGGUAAUUGAGAAAGGUCAUCAUUAUGAUCAAAGCGAACUCAAGUUUGAACAGCAAGAUGGUUAUAAUAAUUUAUAUGAACUGUCGGGAGGGAUGCUCUCAGAAGAUAGCAGUAUUUACGUCUUGGCCGGUUCCAACUUUGGUGGUGGUACUACCGUUAGUUGGUCGGCUUCAAUGGAACCACAAUAUUUCGUUCGAGAGGAAUGGGCAAAGAAAUUCGGUCUUCCUUAUUUCAUGGAAGAUGAUUAUGGUAAUACCAUGAAAUACAUUAAUAACAGACUUGGAGUUAAUACAAACAACAUCACUCAUAAUGCGAGUAAUCAAACCUUGAUUGAUGGUUGUAAGAAACUUGGUCUUCACUUUGAUACCAUACCACAAAAUGCCGCUUCGAUGCCACAUCAGUGUGGUUGGUGCUCGUUCGGAUGUAAAUACGGUGAAAAGCAAACCGCCGUUAUGACUUGGUUAAAUGAGUCAAAAUUGAAUAAUACCAAAUUUUUACAAGAUUGUUUUGUUGACAAAAUCUUGACCGAAAAGGAUGGAAAGAAACAAAAGGUGAUCGGUGUUGAAGCGAUCGUUAAUAACGGAAAACGUAUCGUGGUGCACGCUAAACGAGUAAUCGUCGCUAGCGGUGCCAUUCAUUCACCCGCUUUAUUAUUAAGGAGUGGAUUAAAGAAUAAAAAUAUUGGAAAGAAUUUACACCUUCAUCCAACCGCGGCCGUUUAUGGUGUUUUCCCAAAUAAAGAUAUUAAAACUUAUUCUGGUACCAUCAUGUCCGCGAUUUCUAACGCGGAAGAAAAUGUUGACGGUGAGAAUUAUGGGGCUAAAAUCAUUGUCGGAUCUCAUCAUCCCGGUUUCAUGUUUGCCAAUUUCCCAUGGAAAUCUACAUUACAACAUAAACAACUUAUGUUGGAAUAUAAUCAUAUCGUACCUCUUAUGAUUAUUACGCGAGAUCGUGAUGGUGGAAAAAUAUUUAUCGACUCGGAUGGGCAACCAAAAUUGGACUAUAAACUUUCCCAACAUGAUUCCAGGAGCAUGAUUUCUGGUUUACUGGCCGCGAUAAAGAUCUUGAUAGCCGCUGGUGCAUCUAAGAUUGGAACAUGUCAAGCUGGAGUUGAAGAUUUUGUCAUAGAAGGUGGGGUUAACACAUUUAACGAUCCAGGAUUCAAUCAAUUCUUGGAUAAAGUCAAAAAAGUUGGUGUUCCAGCCAAUCAGGCUUGUAUUGGAAGUAUACAUCAAAUGGAUGAUCCAUCCAAGUCCGUAGUAAAUCCUUUGGGUGAAACGUGGGAAGUUGAGAAUCUCUACGUGGCUGAUACCAGCGUAUUCCCGACAGCGACAGGAGUACCUCCAAUGUUGACAACAAUGAAUGUAGCAUAUUACAUUUCAAAAUGUAUCCUCGACAAGAAAAAUUACAUUAAAAAGAAACGUGGAUCGUUUAUAUCGGGUCAUAUACCAAAAGGAUCAAAUUUUGAAAUCAAAUCAAUUGAUGAAGGGAGUAUCGAUUUCUCAGAAAACAAUUAUACCAUUGAUUCUGUAAUGAAAGACUCUAUUUUGAGAGAUACACCUAACGAAAAUUCUCCCACGUCUAAGAAGGAAAAAAGAAAAUCAACAAGAAGAUUGUCUUUUAAUUCUUUUAGUUUUAAAAAGGAUAAUUAA